GCCAAGAGUGUCCCCUUUAAGAAUAUACCAAACACUAUAUUAUAAACCUUUGACAAAUGCCCAUACCAUGAGCCUAAACCAGACAUACAUCAAUCUCAUAAAACUGAAUUUUUCCAAAGGGGUUGUUUACUUCAUGAGCUGAUAACUAUGACUCAACUACCACUUUGGAAGGGCUAACAUACCAAAAUAUUAACUAGAGACAUGUAACUUUUCAAAAAAUAUCGAUAGAUUUUGCCACCCUGAAAUGGACAUAAAUGUCAAAUUUUGGCCUCUGGCCCAUGGACUAGCAUUCAUCUGUAAAAUUUGUUUUUAUUCAAACUUCAGCAGUUUUCUAGUUGUUCUGCUGAGGUAGUGACAUCAAUUUGUGACAUCACGCAAAUUGAUGUCACAAAGAGAACAGAGAACAAAGAAAACAGAGCUGUAAUGUCAUAACCAUUGCAGAAGUCGCAGAGCAAGAGGAAGGAGUGUCUCCUAAGAAGAUUUUGGAUUUGUCGAGACGACAAACUUCAGCUACAGACACAGAAGCUUCAAGCCAUCUUGAAAGAAAUAUGUCGAUGGAAAGUAAAGACCUCAUGAAAGAACACGAGGAUUUGAAGCUUGAAAUCAAAAAGCUUCUUCAAAAAAACAAUGAAAGCUUCAAAAGACUUUUUGAAGAAAACAGAUGUUUGAAGGAGCAGAACACCACCCUGGAGAAGGAAAAAACCACCCUGGACCAGAAAUGCACUGCCCUAGAGAAGGAAAAAACCAUCCUGGAGCAGAAAUGCACUGACCUGGAGAAGAAAAAUACCACCCUGGAGCAGAGAAACACCAUCCUGGAGCAGAGAAGCAUCGCCUUGGAGCGAGUAGAUGCAGUUUUGGAGCAGGCAAACGCCACCCUGGAGCAGGAUAAUGCCUCCUUGGAACAGGAGAAAGUCAUCCUGAAGGAGAAAAACAACGCCUUGCAGCAGAGAGGCACCGUCCUACAGCAGGAGAACAGCGCCCUGAGGCUGAAAGUCACUAACUUGGAGAAGGAGAAGACUAAAUUGGACCAAGAGAAGACCGUCUUGGAGCAGGUAGAUGACCUUUUGGAGGAGGCACACGCCUACCUUGAGAAGAGUAACGCCGCCUUGGAGAAGGAGAACACUGCCCUGAAGAAGAGAAACAUCGCCUUGGAGGAGAGAGGUACCACCCUGGAGCAGAACAUCACCACCCUGGAGCAGAAGAUCACCACCCUGGAGCAGAACAUCACCACCCUGGAGCAGAAGAUCACCACCCUGGAGCGGAACAUCACUACCCUGGACCGGAACAACAAAGUUUUGAAGAAGGAGAACACACAACUGGAAGACGAUAAAGCCUCCCUGAAGGAGGAAAACAACAUGCUCCGCCAGGCAAAGAACGCCUUGGCAGAGGAAAAAAACGACCUCCAGCUAACUUGCAUCGGCCUGCAGCACAGAAGCGUCGCCUCCGAGCAGGAAAGAAAAGUCUUGGAGCGUGUAAAUACCAACCUGCAGCUUGAAGUGGAUCAGCUGAGCCAAAGGCUGAGGGACUCAGAGGAGAACGAGGAUCUAUCUGAAGAGGAAGCCGACGAAGACAACCAGCCGUUUUCAGACCAGCCUCAGGAACAGCCACCUAUAUUCAGACGUAUGGUCAGAGGUUUCACCAGGACACUUGUGAGAAUGUGCCAUACAGUCAAUCUCAGGCACUGAGUUGAAGCAUGGUAAUUCUAAAUAAAGUGUCAUGAGGCCUCCAA